UUAAUCAAGAUCAGGGGGCUCCCAGGCUGAGCGCGGGGCGUUAACCCUUCCACUCCCGGGGGGUGACAAGGUGCAGGGGCAGCAGUGCAGCUGGCCGCGACCAAGAUGCCCCCAGCGGCCCCUCGCAGGCAGUCUCUGCCAUUCGGUAGGCUCUGGACGCCUUGCGCCUAGCCCCUGCGACUGGGCGCGCAAGGUUAAGGUCAGAAGCUCCAGAGGCUUCACGGGCCGCUCGCAGUAGCCGCCUCCCGCAGCCUUGGCGUGCCUCGGGCUCCUCCUCCCUCCCAAGCGUGGCCAAGUGAGGGCUGCUCUGGCCGCGGGUAGCUGAGGCGCGGGAGGCGGCACGCGCGCGCGCGCGCGCGCGGGACCCGAGCGGAGCGCCUGGGAAGGGCGGACGGACAGACGGACUCCCCCCGCCCCCCGCCCCGAACCUCCUGUCCGCGUGUUAGCAGAGGUCUGAGCGGGCCAUGUGGGGACCCGGGGUCACAACCGAGGGCCUAUCGGUGGCGCCGGCACCGCCGCCGCUGCUGCCGCUGCUGCUGCUACUGGCACUGGCGCUGGUGGCGCCCUCGCGGGGCGGCGGGGGCUGCGCGGAGCUGGCGUGCGGCGAGCGGGAGCGCUGCUGCGACGCGGCCAACGCCACGGCGGUGCGCUGCUGCAAGCUGCCGCUGCACGCCUUCCUGGACAACGUGGGCUGGUUCGUCCGCAAGCUCUCGGGACUGCUCAUCCUGCUCGUGCUCUUCGCCAUCGGCUACUUUCUGCAGCGCAUCAUCUGCCCUAACCCACGCAGGUACCCGCGCGGUCAGGCGCGAGCCGGGCAAGGGCGGCCCGGGCCUCCGGGGGGCGCAGGGGCGCCGGGGGGCGCAGGGCCGCCCGACGACGACGACGACUCGCCGGCUCUCCUGCGGAACGAGGCAGCCGCCGGCUCGCAGGACUCGCUGCUGGACAGUGGCGGCGGCGGCGGCCGGAGUCGGGCAGGCGGCGGACGCUCGGCGCCCUCCUGCGCCUCGGAGCACGAGCUCCGCGUGGUCUCGCCAGUCUUCCUGCAGCUGCCCAGCUACGAGGAGGUCAAGUAUCUGCCCACCUACGAGGAGUCCAUGCGGCUGCAGCAGCUCAGCCCUGGGGAGGUCGUGCUGCCGGUGUCGGUGCUCGGCCGCCCGCGAGGCAGUGGUGCCGGGGAGCCCGACGGCGGCGAGGGCCGCUUCCCGCUCAUUUGAGCGCCCGGGGCCGCUUAGGGACCGCGCGGACGGUGAGGGGCUAGGGGCUGCGGGUGCACGCCAUUGGCGGGGUGUCCGCAGCCCCCACCAACUGCCUCAGACCCCGCCUGGCACCCUGGCCUAGGCGCCCGUCGCCCCGCGGCUGGGUUAGGGUCGCUCUCCCCCGGGAGCUUCUGUGUCCCCACGUUUCAUUCGGUUCAGGCAAAUGCUGAGAGCACGCACGGCGGGGGCAGCGCGGCGAGGGAGCCCCGAGCGCCACUUGGAAGGAGGUCCCCGCCCUCUGCCUUCCCUCGUAUUGUAUUCACUUGCAAGUGCCUUCUUCCCGAAGCAGGAACACGUGAGCCCUUUGGUGCGUCGGGAGAAGGGCGGUUUUCUUUAGGGCCGAGAGAAAAGGCGCGCGGUGCCGCUCCUUUCCCUCCUCUGGCCUGGACGGAUCGCGGUGUCCCGGGAUGGGCGAGGGGCGAGGAGCCCACGACGGCGGCGGCCGGUGACCGCGGCGCGCGGAGCUGCGAGAGCGCCUGUCUUGGGGAGGACGUGCAGUUAGCUGCGGCACCUAUCCAGGGCACAGCAACCAGGGAAAUCCGUGACCGUACAAUUAAUUGGACUUUGGGUUUUUCAGUAACCGAGAAGGUAUUGAUAUUUAUUUGUCUGGUUUUUCAGUUUUCACCAUGAAUUGAACGCAGCAGGAAGGUAUUUCAGCAACUUAAUGGCAUCACCAUCAUCGUCAUCACUUUUUUUUUUAGAGCAUUGAUGUUCAGGAAAUGGCCCACACCCUGUCACUGUUUGAUAAAAUAUUGGACAUUAUUUCAUUCAAGAAAGUGGCACGGUCAAACGAGGAGAUGUGACAUGAAAGACAUGAAGGAUAUCUUAUUUUCACUAUUUGAGAAGAAUAUAUUUUAUUUUUAGUACCGUGGCAUAAUAUAUAACUUUUAUAAUAACUGUGUACAUUAUGCAGUCUUAAUGGAGUCAGUCAUCACAUAGUUAAGUGUAGGAAUAAUUGGUACAUGUAUGCCAUACCAUGAAGCAUGAUGUCGUACACUUUCUCCUCCAUUUGUCAUUUGGAAUAUGUUCCACGUCAUAAUAUAAAGCCCAAGGACCUGUGGCUUGUACCUUUCCUUUAAAGCCAUAAUUGUGCAGUGAUGUGAUGCAGAACGAUUCGGUCAACCUAUCUUAAGGGACAAAAACAAGUGUUUAUCAAUCCUGCCAUUCCAGUGAACUGUCCUUCAAGCAAAAGUUAAUAUGUUCCAUAGGACUUCUGAAAAUGAGAGGAUCUGAACAGGCAAAUGGCAGAGCGUUGACACCUGAUCCAGAGGAAGCAAUUUCUCAAGAGACUUAAAUAAGUUCUUCAACUUUCCCUUUCCUACCUGAUGCAGUGGUUCCAAGACCAAGGCUACAACUGCAUGUGCUAGAAACAGAGAUGGCUCCUAAGAAAGAAACUGCAACUCUACUUUUAAACUUUAUGUCAGACACCUGAUAGGUGACUUGUGACUUCACCCCAUGUCUCAGUCCAUUUUCUGCAGCAAUAACAGACUGUUAUAGACUGGGUAAUUUAUAAAGAAAAUAAUUUUAUU